AUGUUGAAAAAAGUAUUCUUUAAAUGGAGCAUUAUUUAUUUAUUUAUAUUUCUACUUGCGUAUUUUAUAAACGUAACUGAUGGAGAUAGCAAUGGCUACAAUGAAAAUAAUAAACAAACUGAAAAAUCAAAACCCUGCGGAGAUUACUUGACGUCUUCACGAGGAAUAAUUAGUACACCGAAUUUUCCUCGACAAUUUAAUGUUCCUAUAAAGUGUCGUUGGGUGAUUGAUGCUACAGAAAUUCGAUUGUCCAGCACUAAUAGUGACAACACAACCAUUGUGGUCUACCUUACUCAACUCUAUGUGUACAAAGGUCUUAGAUUCACGGAGUAUGCUUACUAUGAUUCUCCAGAAAGCACUAACUUUGGUGCGAUUAUUUUAAAAGACGUAACCGAAGGUAAUGUGUUUGACAAUAUAACACUGGAAACAAACAGACCCUUUCUUGUCAUCGAAUUCGAGCUUGAAAGACUUGAAGGAAACCACAUCCGAGUUCUCCAUGAUUUGCUGGAUGUGUAUGGAUUUAAUAUAACAUAUGAGAUAACUUCUCCUGAAGAAAUAAAUACUGAUUCUUGUUCUGUUAAAAAUUGUUCUUUUGCUGGUAAUUGCAUUGUUGACGCCAGUUUCAGUGAUAACAAUAUAAAUGUCAAUCAUCGAAACUCGAUUUGCCAUAACGGAGGAACUUGCAGUCAUAUAGGUGCUGAAUUUGUAAAGUGUCAUUGUAGAUCCGGCUAUACCGGUAAUUAUUGUGAAAUACCGAUUAUUGCUGAUACGUCAGAAAUUACAGUAACGAAUCCAAAUCAAGAAUGUCAAGAAGGCACUCCUUGGUGUAUUUUGCAAUGUCCCUUCUUUGGACUUUCAACGGAGAGUGAUAAAAUCCGAGAUGCUCUAAAUCGUCUCGUUCAGCGGAGACGUCUCAAUGACUUGAUUUUAGAAUCCACACACCUGACCUUUCACCAAAAGCCGUCUCUGCGAAUAAAGUCGCUGGAAAUAAUGAACAAUCCAAAAAAUGUCAAUCAUGUACGCUUAGGAGACGAGUUAUAUUUGAGAUGCGUUGUACAAGGAAGUUCUGCAAUGAAGUAUUUCUGGUAUAAAGACGAGAUGUUGGUCAACACCAGCAAAUCCGUCAGGGGAAUUGAGCUUCAGAAAGAACUUAUUGAUGAUGCAUACAUAAUAACUUUAUUAAUAACCAAAACAACCCUUUUGGAUGCUGGAUAUUACACCUGUCAAGCUAUUGACGGAGAAAUACAACAGUGUAAAAGUAUUUACAUAAGCGUGAAAGAUGAACCACCUAAUGUGAAAAUUCUUCCAAUGAGCGCUACUAUAGAAAAAGGUAACAACAUACAACUUAUGUGCAUAACGGCUCCCAACAAAGAAAGCUUGGAAAUAGGCUUCGGUUGGACUAAAAACCGCGCAUUACUUAAACUUGAACCGGGGCAUCAAGUCUGGGAAGACCUCUAUCCAGCUGGAAGUAUUCUAAAAAUUAUGAACGCUCAGAAAUCAGCAAUAUACACGUGCAAUGUCGCUCAUCGCUCAAUGUCUGUAAGGAUAGACGUAAUUAAUCGGACACUUGUUCCAAUUUGUACAAAAGAAACUGCUUGGGGAAUGCGAUGGCUAGACACUGGGCCUGGCUCAGCAGCUCUUUUAGAGUGUCCUAGACACUUUAUAGGUGAAAAAGUAUCGAGAUUAUGUGCAAUGAAGGAUGCUACCACGCCGAUGUGGCAAACUCCGGAUUUUUCUCAAUGUUUCAUGUGGAAAAUUUUGAAUUCACGCGAGCUGGCUCUGUAUCCUGGAGAGGGUGAUGGCAUUAUAAAUAUUCUGGCUGAAAUCGAGCAUUACUCUAUAAAUAAGAAGCAAAUCACGAAUAUGCAUGAAUCAGCAGAGACAUUUAUGCACAUAAUAAACCGAAUACUUGUUAAUGAAAAUUCUAUUCUCCGUCGUCAAUUACUGAUGCAGCAACUUAUUCAGCGCAAUGUACAAAAUUGGGCAAAGAAAACAACACAGCCAACACAUUUAGCUUUAUCUUCAAUGGUGAUAGACAUUCAACCGUUCUACGUUGUUACCGUUCUUUCAACUUUAAUAACAGAAACAAAGUUUCUCUUUCAAAUUCCUACAGAAGACUAUACAUAUCCAUAUUGGUACAAUGACAAAGUAGAAAUUAGAAUAAUAAAACAAAGCCGAGGAAGACGAAGUGAUGAGUCUAAAUUAUUCACAAAUCAAACAUCUCUACUAAAUGGAGCAGUUAUUCUUUACAGAAAUAUUACUAGUUUUUUACCAAAUGCAUUCGUUAAAGAAUUAGAGGAUGGUACUGAUCUCGAGUAUCAUUUUAAUUCGCGUGUUAUAAGUGUUACAAUUGUCGGACAAGAAUCAUCAAACAAAAAACGAAAUAUUGAUAUAUCAACAUCUAAAGUAGAGAUUGUCCUGACACUGGGUCACUUGCAACAAAACCAAUCACUAUUGAAGCGAUGGAACGUAUCUUGUGGCGUUGAAGACUUAUCAACUGGUUCUUGGGAUCUAGAUUCUUGCAUUACUUUGAUAGCUAGCAAUAAUCAGGCUGAAACUCAGUGCAUAUGUUCAAAUCCAGGAACAUUUGCAGUUUUUCUUACAACACGUGCUGUCAAAGUAGUUGAUGCAAAAAGUAAACCAUCGACGUUCAUAGUAUUGUUAGGAUGCAGCAGUUGUUUACUUCAGUGUACUAUGUCUUCAAUUAUUUUAAGCGUUAUACUUUGGAAACGGCCUACAUGGUUGAAUUUUCUGAAAUUACAAACUUCGAGCGCCCUUAUUGGUGCAAUGUCUAUCUUUGUAUAUGCAACUUGCAAUACUGUACCAGAAAUAGAGUAUGCAAGAACUGCUGUGACUUUAGAAGCCUUUUUACUGAUAGGAAUGGCUGCUCCGAUAUCACAAGCUUUGAUUGUCUAUGCAGAUAUUACGUAUAACCGUCGUCGACAAUUAAGCCGACAUUUUCAACCGACAGUUAUUGGAGUUAUCACAGGUUUACCUAUUUUGUGUAUUUUGACCACGGAGCUGACUCACAAUACUAGCACAGGCAGACGACAUGAAUCGUGGUGGUUGAUUUUUGGUGGUGGAGUGUAUAGUAUUUUUGUCAGUUGUGUUGCAACAAUGCUUCUGAUAUUCAUGUUACUUUACACUGGAGUCUUACAUCGUGCUCACGUGUUGACUGAAAACGUGGAAAAUGUCAGUGGUGGCGGUGGAAUCGUCGUCAUGAAAAAUAAAUUUCUUCAACAGAGAGUCAGGAUAAUUCAUCACGCUGCAAUAAUAAUAUGUAAUCUUAUUCUUGUGGAAGUAGCUUCUAUGUUUUACAUCAAUUACACAACUGAAUUUUAUCAUUAUCUUUUUGCAUCCGUAUCAGCGUUUUUUGGUUUUGGAAUGUUAAUUUUGAAUAUCGGAAUUCAUACUAAAAUUCCGGUCGAAAGCGCUGAAAGUAUUCCGGUAGCAUCAGCUUCUACUGGAGCAGGUGUCUUUCGUUUACCACCAACAACAUACAUGAGAACACGAGGAGUAGUAACUGCUGGCAAUGUACAACAUGCAAAUGAAAUGAAUGAUGAACAAUUCUCCAACAACCCUGGACAUCCGGCAUCAUCAACAAUUCGCCGUGAUAUCUUUCUUCCUGAAAUUCGAGUAAAUUAUUCGGAUAACAUAAACCUUGAAACUUAUAGUACGAGCCCUCGUAAAUAUCAAGAAUCUCUCACAAAUACAUUUCAUAGUAUUCCAUCGUCAAUGCCACCGCCACCGCCAGAAUUUUAUCAUACUGAUUCAUCAUACAACCGGGAAAAUGAUAAUACUACAAGUUUUAGCGGUGAUCAAUUAGUUAUUGCAGGCGAUAGUAUUGAUCGCCGUCGAAGUAACACUCAGCAAGCCGAUCGCUCGUCAGAGUGCAUAGCCAAAGUUUUGUGUAAUGCGGAUAUCGAAUCGAGAAUAAACAUGACAAUGAUGAUGCCAGAUGUUACUUUAGCGGCUGCAACAACAGCAACAUCGUCUUCCGUCGACAACUUAGUUGAAGAAAAAUGUGUAGAUGAUUAUACCGUAAAUGUCCCUGACAUAGCCAGCACUAGUGAACAGCAACAACAAAAACGUAUACGAUCCACCAGUAUUAUAGAAGAAGAAAACCCUGAGAUAACAAUUACAGAUUGUGAUAACACCACAUCAAACACUAUUACAGGAGUAGGUAUGCUUGAUCGGAUAUCACACGAUCUGGAUUACUUAUUGAAUCGAUGA